CCAAAUGGGUGAGUUUAAAGUGCACCGAGUCCGCUUCUUCGACUACAUGCCCUCGGCCAUCAGAGCCAUGGCAUUCAGCACGCGCACGGAACGGCUCGCGCUGGCCCGGGCUGACGGUGCUCUGGAGAUCUUCAACUUCUCUGACAACUACUUCCAAGAAAAGGUCCUCCCGGGUCAGGACGGCAGGGCUGUGGAGGCUCUGUGUUGGGUAGGCCCACGUCUAUUCAGUGCUGGAUUGAAUGGAGAGAUCACAGAGUACGACCUGGAGAACCUGAGGCCCAGGUAUACAGUGGAGGGCUAUGGGGGACCCAUCUGGACCAUAGGCGUCAACAACCAGGGAACACUGUUAGCGGUGGGUUGUGAGGAUGGGACAGUGAAGAUGUUUGAAGUAUUGAAGGAGAGGAUUCAGUUUCAGAGAAACCUUGAAAGGCAAAAAGGUCGCAUUAUAUCUCUCUCCUGGCAUCCGUCUGGUACGCUGAUUGCUGCGGGCAUGAUGGACAUGAUCCGAAUCUUUGAUGCUGAGACGGGCCACGCCACACACAGGCUGCUGGUGGACAGAGGUGCAGCAGCAUCUAAGAGCAAAGAGGUGGUGGUUUGGAGCCUUGCCUUCCUUUCUAACAACACCAUCAUUAGCAGUGACUCUGCAGGAAAGGUCCAGAUCUGGGAUGGGCUCAAAGGAACUCUGAUCAGAACUCACCUGAUUACCAAGUGGGACGUUCUCACUCUUUCUGUUUCCCAGGAUGAGAGUAGCCUGGUAGCUGGAACGUCAGAGGGCACAGUCGUCCAGUUUCAGUUCAUCUCCUCUACUGUGGACCGGCAGGAUAAAGAUUGGGUCCGAACAAGGACCUUUAAAAACCACUCACAUGAUGUCAGGGCACUCGCCCAUACUGAAACUGCUGUGGUGUCUGGAGGUAUGGAUACCCAGCUGGUUGUGCGCCCCCUGUUGGACAAGGUGGAGAAGAACACGCGGGAGUCGGCCAUGCGCAAAGUGUCUUUUCCACACAGAAGCCUGGUCUGUUGUGCAAAGAAAGCCGGACUACUGCUCUUCCAGUUCCCUGAUCAUUUAGAGCUGUGGAGACUAGGGGAAAGUGAUGGAUAUGGAAAGCCUGGCGGCAGUCUUCCUGUGAAGAGGGGACCAGAGAAACUGAUCCAGCUAAAGAGGAAGGGAGAGGAUCACAUCUGCUGCAGUGCUUUGUCUCCUUGCGGUGGCUGGCUGGCAUACUCUACUGUCACCAGUUUCCGUCUCUACAGACUACAGAAUGGCAGCAUUUGCAUCAGCAAGGUAUCCAAACUACCAAAGGACCUACGUUCUGCCCACCAGCUGUGCUUCUCCACCGACUCCUCCAAAUUGUUUGCGUCCUCCAGCAAUUCCUCCGUCGUUCUUGUUUCCCUUAAUGAGCCGCAGUGCAAAUACCUCGGUACCCUCGGCGCCAAUUACGGCUCCAGACAGCCGGUCCACCUGCUGUCUGCCAGUGAUGACGGCAAAUGGCUCGCUACAGCUAACACCGACUGUGAGGUCCAUGUCUACAACCUCGACAAGCUCAAGCUUCAUUGCACAGUCCCCGUGUACGGCUCGUGUCCCACUGCCAUGGCCAUCCACCCUACAACCAGCCACCUGGUAGUGGUGCAUGCUGACCAGCAGAUCUUUGAGUACUCUCUGGUGAAGAAGGAGUACACAGAAUGGAGUCGUAGGCUGCAGAAACAAGGACUGCACCCCUUGUGGCUGGAGAGGGACACUCCCAUCACCAACGUCGCCUUCAAUCCUAAAAAUCCAGCUCACAUCAUUGUGCACGACAUGUUUAUGUUCUGUAUCAUCGACCAGAGUCUGCCCCUCCCUGAAGCUAAGAAUGUGCUCUACAAUCAAAUGACACUGAGGAGUCUGCCUGAGCCAGAUAGGGUCAUACACAGCCAUGGCUUUAAGAUAAGCAAAGAUUUCCAGCACCUCCUGUGUGUGAGUCUGUUGGAGGACCAUUCUCUGGUAGUGGUGGAGCGCCCCCUGCUGGACAUCAUUUCUCAGCUGCCUGCUCCUGUUCGCCAGAAGAAGUUUGCCACAUAGAGGAAGUGUGUUCAUGUUUAACCCCAAUAAAAAGUCAACAACUUCAGGGUUUAGCCACAUCUACAGAACUGCGCCACAAUGUGCCGUUAAUUUAGUAUUAAAGCUUUUGGAUAUUAUCAAUCCAUGUACUUUUUUGUAUUUGUGUAUGAUUUGGAUUUCCUUUUUUUUAUACACCAAACCCUACGUUGGACAGGACGGCUAAAAAGCCUGAAUAAUAUAUUGAAUUCCCAGCUCUUGUGUCAAACCCCAGGGA